AUGCCUCCACCACCUAUAAUUCUUAAUGCUGAAGCUGUCAGUGGUAUAACAGGUUCCAUAUCUAUAGCAUGUUGGAUUAUUGUAUUUGCACCUCAAAUUUAUGAAAAUUUCACUCGUAAAUCUUCAGAAGGAUUAUCAUUAAUGUUCAUUAUCUUAUGGUUAGCUGGUGAUGUAUUUAACGUUUUAGGUUCAAUAUUACAAGGAGUAUUACCAACCAUGAUAAUUUUAGCUAUUUAUUAUACUUUAGCUGAUAUUGUUUUAUUAUGGCAAUGUAUCAACUACUCAUCCAACAACAAACCUGAUUUUAUUCAUUUAUCACCAGCCAACCCAUUUGAUGAAGAUACUAUUGAACAUGUAUUAUCAAGAGACCAAUCUAUUAAACAAGAAAAUUCUUUAAAGAAAGCAUUAUUCAAAUUCUUAAUGGUAUUUUUAGUCAUUUUAUCAGGAUUAGUUGGAUGGUACAUAUCAUAUAUUAAAAAUUACAAUAAAGCCCCAGAAAAACCUUCAAUGGAAUUUGAUAAAUUAGGUCAAUUUUUUGGUUGGUUAUGUGCUGCAUUAUACUUAGGUUCAAGAGUUCCACAAAUCUUACUCAAUUAUAAAAGAAAAAGUUGUGAAGGUAUUUCAUUUAUGUUCUUUUUAUUUGCUUGCUUAGGUAACUUAACCUAUGUUAUUUCUAUUUUAUCCAUUGACGUCAGUUGGAAUUACUUAUUAAUCAAUUCUUCCUGGUUAGCUGGAAGUUUAGGAACUUUAGUUUUAGACUUUACCAUUUUUGUUCAAUUUUUCAUCUAUAAUGAAGAAAUACAAUUGGAAACUUAUGGUUCCAUUGAUGAAAAUUAA